CUGCCUGGUAGCAACACCCUUCCCUUGUUGCUUUGUUUGGUACUGAGCGUGUUUCACCACACAUCCUGUUUUUGUGUUUUACCAGUAUUGUUUAGAGCACAGUAAAGAACCUUUUCUGUUUGACUUGUGAGUCUGCUUGUGGGUCCUUCAUCCUUUGUGACACUGUGAAGUCCAGCUCUAAGCGUGUUUGUCAGAAGAGGAAACCCUGUCAGCACGAAUUGAGGUUCAGCUGCAUUUGUGACCAUGGCAGAUUAUUACUGGUUGGUUAUACUGAUGGCUGGGGCCCCACUGCUAUCAACUGGCCAAUGUGACGUGAGCUGUAAAGGACAAGAUGGACACCCAGGGGCCAGAGGAGACCCGGGCAGAGAUGGAUGGCCUGGGGCCAAAGGAGAAAAAGGAGAAACAGCUGUGAUGGAUGACGGUCCGGUUAAUACUGCUGCCCGGCUGUGGCUGAAGGGGGAGAUGGGGAGUCGAGGCUUGUGGGGCCCCAUGGGUCCUAAAGGUUACCGUGGAGAUGUAGGUACACCAGGUCACCAUGGAAAUCCAGGACCUCCCGGCCCAGACGGGCUUAAACUUGGCCAGAAUACUGGUUUGCUUCAACAUGCCCACUCGGCCUUCUCUGUGAUCAGGACCAGUAACAUCUAUCCUCCAUACCGCCAGAAUGUCACCUACCAGGAAACUGUGGUCAACAGACCUGUAGACUUUAACACGGCCACAGGUCACUUCACCUGCAGGAUACCUGGAGUUUAUUACUUCGUCUUCCACUCUGUGGCCAAGGUGAGCAUAUGUCUGUACAUAGCCAGCAAUGCUCUGGAAAACAAGCUGGGAUUCUGUGAUUACAACAGGAACUAUGACCAGGUCCUGUCAGGUGGUGUGGUCUUACAGCUGACUGUUGGACAGAAGGUUUGGCUGGAGUCCUUUAGGGAUCAGCAGCCAGAUUCAGCCACCCGCGAUGACCGAGAUAAACAGAUAAUCUUUAGCGGCUUCCUCCUCUUCUCAGAUAAAUAAACUCUCAGGUUCAGUUCAUACGUUCUUAAAAUUGGGAGACAUUUAGACAGGCCUGGCUCAUGAGGGGAAUCUACAGCUAAGAUACCUCCUCAAAUACACUCGUAUAAACUUUCUUGAAUUCUGAUUUGUGUGCUAAUGCUUCUAAAACAAAAUAAAACUUUGUAAUGAUGUGUUUGCUU